AUGAACGGCACAGAAGGGCCCAACUUCUACGUGCCCAUGUCCAACAAGACGGGGGUGGUGCGCAGCCCCUUCGAGCACCCCCAGUACUACCUGGCCGAGCCCUGGAAGUACUCGCUGGUGGCCGCCUACAUGCUCUUCCUCAUCGCCACCGCCUUCCCCGUCAACUUCCUGACGCUGUACGUGACGGUGAAGAACAAGAAGCUGCGGACGCCGCUCAACUACAUCCUGCUGAACCUGGCCGUGGCGGACCUCUUCAUGGUGGUGGGGGGCUUCACGGUCACGCUGUACACGGCGCUGCACGGCUACUUCGUCCUGGGCGUCGGCGGCUGCAACAUCGAAGGCUUCUUCGCCACCCUGGGAGGAGAGAUCGCCCUGUGGUCUCUGGUGGUGCUGGCCGUUGAGCGCUACGUCGUCGUCUGCAAGCCCAUGAGCAACUUCCGCUUCGAGGAGAAGCACGCCGUCGCGGGCCUGGCCUUCACCUGGGUCAUGGCGCUGACCUGCGCCGUCCCGCCCCUGUUAGGCUGGUCCCGGUACAUCCCAGAGGGCAUGCAGUGCUCCUGUGGGAUCGACUACUACACCCCCAAGCCUGAAAUCAACAACACGUCGUUUGUCAUCUACAUGUUCCUCCUCCACUUCCUCAUCCCGCUCUUCGUCAUCUUCUUCUGCUACGGCCGCCUGCUCUGCACCAUCCGAGCGGCUGCGGCCCUGCAGCAGGAGUCUGAAUCCACCCAGCGAGCGGAGAAGGAGGUGACCCGCAUGGUCAUCGUCAUGGUGAUCUCCUUCCUGGUGUGCUGGGUGCCCUACGCCACCGUGGCCUGGUACAUCUUCAUCAACCAGGGGGCCGAGUUCGGACCAGUGUUCAUGACCGCGCCCGCAUUCUUCGCCAAGAGCGCCGCCCUCUAUAACCCCGUCAUCUACAUCUUGCUCAACAGACAGUUCAGGAACUGCAUGCUCACCACGGUAUGCUGCGGCAGGAACCCGUUCAGAGAGGAGGACACUGGGCUCAGCUCCAAAACCCAGUCCUCCACCAUCUCUACCAGCCAGGUGGCCCCGGCUUGA